GGCACAGUAGCAGCUGCGGGGCAUUUUUUCCAGCCUGGACCAGCCAACCAGUCAGUACACUGGGAGAAAAAGUAGGCUACUCUUGUGCUUUUUGGAGUGGCAUCUGAUCCUGCCUUCAUCAUAACCAAAGCCCUUCAGUAACGUGUCGGGAGGAAAUGUCAGACCCAACACAGGAAUUCACCAACAAGCCCUUCGCGGCCCAGUUGUCCAAUGUUUACCUCAGCAUCUUGGCACUGUUCUGCUUUAAGCUCUUCAUUAAGAUUUCUCUCAACUUGCUGACAUACUUCUACAUCAUCCGUGGGAACCGUAAAGAGGCUGCCAGGAUAUCAGCAGAGUUCUAUGAUUACGGUCAACAACACAGAUCCUGGGCCGACCGCUCACCCCUCCAUGACGCUGCGAGUCAGGGCCGCCUCCUGGCUCUGAAGACCCUCAUUUUACAGGGUCACAGUGUAAAUGUCCUGACUAUAGACCAUGUGACACCCCUUCAUGAGGCCUGUGUCGGAGACCAUGUCGCCUGUGCCCGAGCUCUCAUUGACGCAGGAGCAAAUGUCAAUGCUUCUACGAUUGAUGGAGUCACCCCUCUGUUCAACGCCUGUACAGUGGGCAGUGUGUCGUGCACUGAAAUUCUUUUGGAAAAUGGAGCUAAACCCCAGAGCCUUGUAUACCAUCCAUCACCAAUACAUGAGGCUACAAGCAAAGGUCAUUACGGUUGUGUGGAGGCUCUGGUGACUUGGGGGGCAGAUGUGGACAUGGACAUUCCUCACCUGGGCACAGCGCUCUACACAGCCUGCGUCUGCCAAGAGCUGGAGUGCGCCAGGAAACUCCUGAGGGAAGGUGCAAAUGUACAGAAAGGCAAAUCCCUGGAUUCACCCUUACAUGCAGCUGCAGAGAAAGACAGCACAGCUGUAGUGAAGCUGCUGCUGGACUUUGGUGCGGACAUUAAUGCCAGAAACACAGAGUUUCAGAGGCCGGUAGACGUGGCUCCACCCAGCAGUCUAACAGAGGGCUUCUUACUGCUUUAUGAAGCUACACCACGACUGCUGAGCCAGCUGUGCCGUCAGUGCAUCAGGAGCUGCGUCGGCCGUGACAGACUCCACCUUCUUUCCCACCUUCCCCUGCCCAACAGACUCAGGAGCUACCUGCAGUACCAAUGACAGGCAGAACAACCAAACCGCCUGUCCAAACAGGACUUACAGACAGAAAGAGCAUAUCCACUCCAUGAACUCUUCCUACCUUUAAUUUGAGCUACCAGUCAAUUAGUCACUGAGUAGCUACAGAGAAGCUGGCGGUACCUAGCUGUGUAAAGCUGGCCUGCAUCCCAUGUGUGAUUGUAGACCUGGAUGAAUGUAAAGCAGGGAGUUUCUAAAAAGAGUCUGAGGCUUAGUCCUCCCUGGAUAAAUUCUGGUUUAUUGAAGAAAAUAUUAUUUGUAAUUCAGGUUUGAUGUUUUUAGAGGAUUCCUUAAUAGUUGUAAUAGCUGCCUGAGAGUGACGCACCUUGAAAACAUUACAUAUGACAAUAUAAUGUUCUAUAAAAGCACUUUUGAAUGAGUAUCCAAAGUUUUGCAUUUGAUAUGUGAUGCAUUGCCCACUAUGAGAUGAUUAAAAUGGUUUUGAAACCUG